UGUGCCGGAAUCAGUCUUGGGUUGCGCUGCUUGUAUGUACGUGCUACCGUGGCGGGAUACGUGUAUAACCCGAGAGGACGAUGUUCCAUGUACCAGCUGGUGGUGUCAAAAGCGUCAUAGUGGUGCAACCGUUUUUGCUGGGCUUUCGGGCUUCAAGCUGGCAAAGGCCCCCAAUGAGCUGCGAUUUGGGGUGUGUGGGCGAGUGGGCUGGUGGUGAUAGUGAUUGUGGUGGUGUGGUGGGGGGGCGAAAAUGCGGGAGGGGACGCCUAGUAGCUUGCACAAGGGGCCCCGAGAUCGAAAUGCGACGGCAAGAGGAAGUGGCAAGCAGUCAAUAUUCGGUGAGAAGCAGAGGGAAGUGGACAGUACUGUUUGCAAUGGAUCAAGGAGAUUCUGGACGAGAUGAAGAGAACAUGAGACGGGGCGAGGUGCUAGACUAGCUAUUCAAUGCCACAUCGAGCUCUGCUAACGGUGCUCUAGCACGCCAGUUUCAGUGCCUCGGGUGUUGCUAGUUCAGCAUUGAGCCCUCCGGCCGGGAAACUCAACUGCCCUAAAAUAGACUACUGUGGGCUGAGCCUAGAGCAGACACAAUUCCCCUCUCCAACA